AGCGGCGAGCGGGACACGCUGCAGGUGCUGCUGGACGCGUGUCGGGAGCGCGGGCGCGAUGUCAUCAUCAUCACCUCGGCCACGUCGCCCCGAGGCACCAAGACCACCCGGCAGUACCUGAACUCGCCGCCGUCGCCCGCUCUGUGCGCGUCCCCGUCGCAGGUGCAGGUGCGGGCGGCGGCGUCGCCGCCGGGAGCCGGCGGGAGGGACGAGGAGCGCGACGUGUUCCGCUUCCCGCCCGCCCCAGAACCGGCCCGGGCCGGGCCCAAGCGGCAGCUGAAGAGGCUGAACUCGGAGCCGUGGGGGCUGGCGGUGCCGGGGGUGGAGGGGAUGCGCGGGGGACGCUCGGAGGGGAGCCCGGAGGGGACCCAGAGACCCCCAGAGGGAGCGCGGAGAGCCUUAGAUGAGAUGCGGGGACCCCCGGAGGGGACGCGGGGACCCUCGGAAGGGUCGUGGGGUUCCGAGGGGCCGCUGGAAGGGACAUCGGUGCCCCCGGAGCGGCUGGCAGCGGGGCUGGAGGGGCUGCGGCUGCGCCGGCACAGCGUGGAGGGACGCGAGGUCUCGGGGCUGCCGGGAGCCGCCUGGGCAGAACGGGCGCCCCCCGCGCCCACCCCGGGCCGCUGGGCUCCCGAUGCUCCGCGGGGCAAACCGCUGCGGCGGGAUCCCCCCAACCCCGAGCUCGGCACCCCUCCCGGGCCGCUGCGGCACCCGGCGGGGCUGCUGGAGCGCCGCGGCUCCGGAACGCUGCCGCUGGAGCCCCCCGGGCCGGGCAGGGCCGGGCUGCUGCCGCCGCUGCCGCCCCGAGCGCUGCUCCGCCGGCACUCCAUGCAGCCCGAGGCGCUGCGGCACCUCGGCGCUUUCUGCGGGGGGCUGGCCCCCGAGCCUGGCUCUUAGGGACCCCCCCUCAGGGCUCUGGAGACCCCUCCCCAAACCCGAGAGCUCUCGGGGAAGGCCUCGCCCUGCUCCGAACCCUGCUGAGGGUCAACUCCUCCAUCUCUCUGUCGGCACAAACUGCACGAGCCCGAAUUCGGGGAGCUGGCGGGUGCACCCCAACUCUGAGGCACCCCCAGAGUCCCCCUCCCGCUCCUGCCUCAUCCUCCCAGCAGCUUUUCCCCCAGGCUCUGGCAUUAAAGGCCCCGGCGCAGCUCAGCGGCCGUGAGUGGGGGGCGGUGGGCACAUCUGGGGGCACAGCUGUGGCACCCCCGUGCCAGUUUUAAGGAAAAAAGGAGGAUUUUUAAGACCUGAGUUGUUCUCCUGCCAGGCUGGGAGGGAUCCCCAGGAUCCUUGGGGAUCCACAGCUUGGAUGGGGAGGGAUUUGAGGGAAAGGGGCACGGGAGCUUUAACGAAGGACAAAGAAGACAAACUUAGAGAAAAUGUUGUUAUUUGACACAAAACAAGGAAUGCCCGGUGGGAUAAAUACCAUGUGAAAUUCAGGAGAUUUGCCUGGGGCAUGGAAAAAAACUCCCAGGAUGUUCUGGGACGGGGGAGCUGGGAGGGAUCCCCCAAACCCGAGGGAAAUCCCCCCUGAGCCUCCAAAACUGCUGCUUCCCUCAUACUUGUCCUUUGAAAACAAUAAAAUUCCAUAAAAGCCACAUUUGCCCGGGGGCUGGAGCUGCUCUGGCUCCCCCGGGCUGUGUGCAGA